AUGUCCUUAUUUAUUUGUUUUUUAUUUUCCUUCUCUUGCUUUUUAUGCCAAUGUUGUCCUUUUUGUUUUUACUCUAUUUUACUUAUUCUUUCUUUCAUACAUUCGAACUUAUUAUCUUUUUCUCUUUUCUUCAUUCUCUUGCUUGCACUCUAUUCAUUUUUCUUUCUUUCUUUUCAUCCUUCCUUCCUUCUUUCUUUCGAAAUGUUCUCGAUGUCCUACUCUUUAAUUCUUCCACUUCCAUUAUUCUUUCUCUUGCUAGCACACUUUUUAUCUUUCUGUCAUUCUUUUUUUCUUUCUUUUUCUUUCUUUCUUUCCUUCCUUCCUUCCUUCCUUCCUUCCUUCCUUCCUUCCUUCCUUCUAAAUGUUCUCGGUGUAUUAUUCUCUUAUUCUUCCACUUCCAUUCUUUUAAUUUUUUUUCUUUCUUUCUUUCUUUCUUUCUUUCUUUCUUUCCUCCCUUCCUUCCUUCCUUACAUCCUUCCUUUAUUCAUUCUAAAUGUUCUCGGUGUUGUAUUCUAUUAUUCUCCCUCUUCCAUUCUCUUAAUUUUCUUUCUUUCUUUCAUACAUUCGUACUCAUUGUGUUUUUCUCUUUUCUUCCUUCUUUUGCUUUCGCACUUUUCAUUUUUCUUUCUUUCUUUUUAUUUCCUUCCUUCCUUCCUUCCUUCCUUCCUUCCUUCCUUCCUUCCUUCCUUCCUUCCUUCCUUCCUUCCUUCCUUCAUUCAUUCCUUCCUUCCUUCCUUCCUUCAUUCAUUCAUUCCUUCCUUCCUUCCUCCUUUCCUCCCUUCCUUCCUUCCUUCUUUUUCCUUCCUUCCUUCCCUUCUUUCCUUCCUCCUUCCUUCCUUCCUUCCUUCCUUCCUUCCUUCCUUUCCUUCCUUCCUUCCUCUUUCCUUCCUUUCCUUCCUUCCUUCCUUCCUUCCUUCCUUCCUUCCUUCCUUCCUUCCUUCCUUCCUUCCUUCCUUCCUUCCUUCCUUCCUUCCUUCCUUCCUUCCUUCCUUCCUUCCUUCCUUCCUUCCUUCCUUCCUUCCUUCUAAAUUUGAUCGGUGUUCUGUUCUCUUAUUCUUCCACUUCCAUUCUUUUAAGUUUCUUUCUUCACAUUUUGCUUAUGCAAAUUCCUUUCUUUCCAAUUCACUCUAUCUUACUUUCUUCACCUACUUCGAUUUUUAUUCUGUCCCGUUUUUAUUUCUUCCUUACAAAAACAAAUUUGCCAGGCAACGUUUAAAAAACAAUUAA